AUGGAGAGCUCAUCGACGCGCUCUGUACUGACAAGGACAGUCACCAUUUUCGCCCACUACGAGUGGCCCCCUGAGGGCUUUGGCCCUGUGUUGCAGCUGCAGCAGGACUUGAAUGUGGAAGUCCGCGACUCCACAUGCUGGGUGCCAGCAACACUGAGCUUUGCAGCGCAGGAAGUGCUGACGGGAGCAACCGACAUUGCAAGUUGCAGGAGCCUUUGCCGCAGCCGUGGCCAGUGCACCCACGUCGCCUGGAGCUCCAGCCAAUGCAUCGAGUAUGCGCAGUUGUGCACAGACAAGGAGGACCAGCUUUGUGUUCACCAGGACAUCGACGUGACGGCUCGGUUGCCAGGCUGUGGUGAGAGGAGCGCAUGCCUUAAUCUGACGUUUGCUGAUCACCAUUACCUCUCUGGCGCAUACUGCCCACAUGCCGACAAUGGGACGCAUGGCCAGCUUUUCCUCAAAGUGGGUCGCACGGAAGAAGACUCGUUCUGGGCCGUGGCAAAUGAUGGCUCGUCGGAUUGCGGCAAGCCAUGGCUGUUGCGAAGACCUGACCCCGAAAACGAUUUCCACAACGCCUCCGCGCAGUAUGCUGAGCUUCAUGGGGAAGUCGUGGCCUGCUUUGGCUCAGAGAAUCAGGUCACAGAGGUGUUCCAAAAUGGUUCGGCAUCGACCGAUGCCUCAGUCGGAGAGGAGUCGGUCGAGGUGACAGUGGCGCUCUUCCUGCCCUCCUGUGCAGUACCCAAUGUAACUCAAGCCCACUCCAUACAAAAAGCAUCCGACGACAUGACUCCAUCGGCAGAGGUCCAGGGCUUGAUUCUGGAUGACCCAUCCACGGAAGCGGAGGACGACUUCUGGCUCCACCCUUGUCAGUGUGUCCCCCCUGCGUGGGGCAACGCUGCGCCGAUAUCUCCUGAUGCCUACGAUGAGAUCCCAAUGGGCAGCCAGAACCUCUUUGAGGCCAUUCCCUUUGAGGUCGGCGGCGGGGCUUUCGUCUGCAAGCAGGAGUAUCUCCUGGACAUCUUCUACCUGGAGGCUGCGGAGGACAAGCAACUCGAGAGUUGUCAAGUCCAUUGCUCACAGGACCAAAGCUGCGUAUUCUUCUGGCAUGGCCAAGUCGGAGAGGGCAGUGCGCAGUGCUGGACCUAUUCGAGCUGUGAGACGCUGUAUCGCCAAGUCGGCAUAUCUGGCAUGCUGAUGGCGUGGCCGAAGGACACGUAUGUGUGCAGGAUUUCGAAUGCGCCGCUCUGCUGGCACGUCACGAAGCGACGUGAGUUUCUUCGGGCGGCCUUGCCAUUGUCACUUCCCAGCUCCGAACUUGGCGUCUGUCUGCACCAGUCGCUCUUCGAGCAAUGCGACCAAAAGCUAAUGCUGGGAGGCACCUCCGUGGAGUCCUGUGGCAUCUGCAAGUACAUUGCCGUUGACAUGGCAUUGCCAAGUCCAGAAUCGCUUCUCAAGACCCCCUUGCCUGCAGAAUUCGCACAUGGGGCGGUCGUGACGGCGAGGUGCUGGGAUGAGCGCUACAGGUCGCCUGCUGCAGAGCAAGCCGAGCUGCGGUGCGUCGCGGGCUCCUGGAUCAACUCCGACGGUUCAAAAGGCUUGUCCAACUUCGAGUGCGCAGCCUGCAUCGAAGCUGUCAGCCAUUGGCACAAGGACAUGGCAGUCCGUGUGAAGGAAGAACUCUUCUUUGCGAGCCGCUGGAUUCUGCAGCUGGGUUUGCGCGUGAUCGAAGGCACCUACAACGUCAAGGACUCCACAGACACGGACUGCGAAAACUACGUCGCCCAGCUCACGGCCAGCGCGCCACAAACCGUGCGCCAGUUCAUGAGCACCGAUUGCAGCUCCACGCAGUCCAUGUGCCUGGCUUCCUCUUCCUCUUCGCCCGGUCUGGUGCUGGAAGACUGCAGUGAAGGUGAGAAUCAGCAGCUCUUGGAUGCCAACGAGGUGUCCCAGCUGUUCGUGCAGCGAUACAAGAAGGAGGUGGGCUCGGACGAGGCGGUCAAUGGAGACGCCAGUCCAUCGGAUUUCAAAGGCCUCCAGCUUACGACCUCUUGCGGUAGCAAUCUGGUGGUCAGGGCCUUCCACUUUGGCCAGGGUGAUGCGUCCGAGCCGACGUUGGGCUUGUCCAAGAUCUGCACCGUCGCGGACCUUAUGUCCAGUGAGCUGCAGGAAUACUCUUUGCAUCUUCGCGUGGCCAUCCAAAAUCAGCUGUACAGGAGCUGCCUUCAAUAUGGCUCAUAUGAUGAUGACGGUGACGUGUACAACGCCAUCGAUACCGCUGGACCGUGCUUGGGGCCCUCGAACCAGCUCUUUCAUUUUCGGUAUGAUCCGACGUGCCAAGAAGACUACAGCAGCUGCUAUGAUGCUUCUAAAAACACAGAUGCGGACAUUGAGUACAUCUUCCGGCUUUACACGGCGGAAGUCAGCUCCGACUCCAAUCACGAGGUAAUCAGCCGUGUGCCGUCGGAAGAGUUCAAUGGUAAGUUUGGUUACGAGGAGACGCAGCACGUAAUCAUCUACCGAGAUGAUUUUCUGCCUCGCUACUUGGUGCAGACUGAACAGUUCGAGCUGGCUGGUACAUAUGGCUGGUGUGAUAAUGGAUGCAGCCCAAGCUUAUGGGACUUCCAGCAGAACACGUACACGUGGACCAUACUUGGGACUCUUGGCUUGGUCGACCUGCAGAUCGACUGCCAGGCGCAACACGUCAUCCAGGACUUGAAGAAGGAGCCAGUAGAGCCUGGCGAUGUUGAGGGCGAAGCCCAGUACAAAGCGGACACGAUCCAAUGGAAAUGUGCAAGGGUGGUGGGUUUGGGGGCUUGUGUGGAGAAGGUGUCUUUGGAGUUGUCGGAGCUUGAUGAGCUGCAAGCUUUACGCUUUAUGGGUGUGGACUGUGGCGAGGGAUACGCUAUGCAAGCUUUGAAAUGCGAGCAGGAUGUGAAGAGCCAAGCAAUUCGCUUUCGGGCCACAUGUUGCCAGCUGAUGUCCCUGCCGGUCACUAUGAGGCCGGGCGACAUCCGUGAUGAGGACCUUGCAGUGGAAGAUGGCAUAUAUUGCCCAGUCGGCCUGGACAGCUCAGGUAGACCCAGCUUCUCGCAAGAGCUUAGCUUCAAGUGGAGCGAGGCCAGUGCCAGUGGCACCUUGACUUACGAUCGAGGAGCCGGCGCAUGGUGCCUCGCUACGACAAGUGGAAGUGGCGACCCAUCCUGCGUGGAAGGUGAGGUGGUGCAUCCAUUGGAACUCGGCAUCGAGACGCAAUUCUCAUACACGAGCGCCACUUCCGCAGCCUUGGACGGCUACACCUCAGGCUCCGGCUGGCACCUGCUGCCCGUGCGAGACUUCAGCUCCCUUUUCUCCCCACAAGGCGCAGAGGCGCUUGCCACGCCAGAACCCACAGAAGCCGUGACGAGCUUCUCCAGUCCGGCAGCCGUGCUACCCGAAGCUGCACCUCAGGAGCCUCAGCUAGACUCGCUUCAGCUCGACUCGCUAGACGAGGACGCGUACCAGCCAGAAUGCAAAGACAAAGUCCACCCCGGGUCCACAGACUUCGACUCAGGAGAAAUGAACAAGAAUGCCUACGAUUUGCCUCCGGAAAACCCCUGCCAUUGGGUCCAUGCGCUUCUUAAUCCGACGGCAGUUGACCCAGAAUAUGACGGCGGCCCCUCGGGGCUUGUUUGGAAGCCUGCCCCACAGUUUGACUCCCGCGAGUCUUGGACGGACAAGUCUGGAGACUCAACUGGAGGCAGCUAUGGCGUCACUUACAAAAGUGUGAAGGAGUGUUCCGACAGAGAGAUCAGCCGGGAUGCGUCCUAUGGAAGGGAUGCGCGGAUCAACGCCAUUGGAGUAGGAAUCCCUUCGACUGCUCUCGGUUUUGCGGGGGACUUGCUGGGCAUUUGGGACACAGACUGGAACUUUCCGGGCAAGUUUCUCAGAAGCAUUGUUUCAGCAGCGAAGUUCGGAGUCGACGUCACGGGCCUUUCCAAUGACUUCCUAAGAGACAACAAGUAUGGCCCCAACAGCCGGGAUGACUGCAUGCCUUUGCAGCACGGCCUGGCCCGCAUGUUCUGCGACUUGCACUGCGUGCGUGAUGCCGUCAAGACGGGCGAUAAGGUAAUCCUAAGCAACCUCGAGGCAGCGUUUCAGCACAUGCAAAGUGUCACAACGCAGCUUUUCGACCACUAUCUCGGAGGGGGCACUGCAGAUGAAGCCGCGCCAACGUCGAGCCUGAUCGUGAAGCGGAUGAGUGCGAGGUUUACAGAGAUGAAAUCCAUGGUUCACUCCAGAGCCUUUCACCAGAUGGCCGCGACCGCCGCUGCCCGUAGCAUUGAAGCCUUUUCGGCACAGCUGCGAGCGGCCAAGGCCCUCCCAGACGGGAACCUAACGUCGGGGCUCCACAGCAUCGCGGGCGGCGUGGAGCAACUCCACGCGCUGGUGAGCGCUGCAUCCACCCAUGAGAAGCUGACUGCCGCCCAAUCUGUUGCCGACCGUGCUGGGGAGUACGUGACGGCCAUGAUGCGGGUGAUGCGGUCCAAGGCCCACACCCUCGGCCUCUACAAGAGAACUAGCGUCGAGAGCAAACAGCGCCAGCACUGGCUCCGGAAUUCGCACGCGAGCCUGGAGGAUGUGAUGCAAGAGCUGAGGGAGGGCUCCCUCAUGAUGGCCAUGGACAGCAUGGACAAGACCUGGUGGCAGCUGCGGGCGCAGUUCGACCAGUACUUCGACGCCAUGGAUGAACACUGGGCGGGUUUUAAGACGGCACUUGUGGCACUGGACGGUUACACGGGCAGGUGCUCCCUGUCCUUCGCCGGCCUGCAAUCUGCAUGGGUGAUGUCGGCCCAGGCCCAUGCGAAGGCCCAGCGCACCUUGCAGGCCGUGUGGGCCGCUGCAAAUCCGCUGGUUGGCCUGCUGAUCUCGCAGGCCCUGGAUGCAGAGAUCCUGGCGGCCUUCGCCAAGAGGGAUGCGGCCAGCGUCAACGCUUCGCAGGUCUUGGCGGCCUUGGCGAGCGAGGCCGCCCUGUGCGAUUGUCGGAACACCACAGAGACGCCGGAGCCCACCGGGCGCCGGAGCACGCAGAGCAGCUUUGGACAAGGCGCGAUCUUGUCGGCCCUGAAGAAGGGGCUUGAGGACGGCCUCUUCGGGCAGACCCUUCAGCAGAUUCAAAUUGUCUUUGCUGAGAUGGACUUGCUGGUAGAGCAAUAUGCCAGCACAGGCCUUGGGAAGCCUCCAAACCAAGAGGUUUUCAAUGAUUCUAGGCAAAGGAUGGCGGAAAUUCUUCUCACGUAUGGUGAAAUCCAAAAUGCCACGGCGACAAAGAUGUGGGGGAGUUGGAGAGCCUCACGCUGUGGAUGCUGA